AUGAAAAGUUUAAAUGAUAUAUUAGAUAAUACAAUAGUAGAACCAUUUAAUAAUAGUAGUAAUAUAAAUAAUAAUAAUAGUAUAGAUAAUAGUUAUAAUAAAAUUGAUUAUAAUAAUCUUAGUAAUAAUAAUAACGAUUUUAAACCAUCAUUUAAUAUUUAUGAUGGAUGUUUAAAAUUACCAAAUGAUUUAAAAGAUCCAAAUCAAUUAGAGAAUAAUAGUUUUAUUGGUACAACCUUUAAUCAAGAUGAAUUGGAUAAACUUUUAGAAAUUUAUUUAGAAGGUUUAGGGUUAUUAGAGAGAUUCGAAAGUGAAUUAAAUUCAGACGAAUGGAAAUUUGUUUCAAAAGAAGAAUCAGAAAUUAGUAUUUGGUCAAAACCUUAUGUUAAUCCAGAAUACCCAAAUGCAACAACUAUUGGUAGUUCAUUGUUAUCAAGAAAUCAAAUUAUAGAUGUUAAUCCUGAUGUGGCGGCAUUGGAUGUUUCAGAUUGGUUAGCAAGAUUUAAAUGGGAUCGUUAUUUAGAUCGUUUUGAAAUAGUCUAUUAUUUUACAACUAAUGAUAAACAAAAAGCCCAAAAAUUAAAUAUUCCAUAUUCAAAAUAUGAUAUACUAUUAUUACAUAUGUAUACAAAUAUGUCAUUAUUUAUAAAAUCAAGAGAUUGUGUAAUUUUACAAAUUUCAGGUCAACAUCCAAUUAGAAAAGGUUCAUAUUUUACAAUUUCAAGAGAUUAUAAUGAAUUUAUUGGUUGCCCAAAAUCAAAAGAUUUUAUUAGAGGUGGUAUGCCAAUAUUUGGAUAUAUUUUUGAACCAUUUACAAGUAUUGACGAAAACGGAAAUCAAAUAAAUAGUUGUUUUUCAAAUCAUAUAUGUUCAUUUGACUUUGGAGAAGGUAAAUCAAUUACAGAUUAUAUUUUAACACCACUAGCACCCAAGAUCUCGUUAAUGAACCUUUUAUAUAAAAUCAAAUUUAUAAGAAAUAAAUUACAAAAUCAAAAAACAAUGGAAAACUAUAAAAGAAAUCAAAGUAACUAUAUUCCCAACAUUUCAAGAAAGCUGCAACAACAGCCAUCACUGGAUGUAAAUUUCAGACAACAGAAAACUCGUGAAGAAUGGAUGGGUUUUUUUAAAGAUUUAGAUGAGAAGGCUCAAUGGAAUUCAUUGCCAUCAAAGUUAAGUAAUAUAUGCGUUUAUUAUGAUCGUUCAUCUAAAUCACCAAUCCUCAUCAAAACUAAAUAUCAAGUUUCAAUUGAUCCAAAGAAUUUAGCUGGUUUUUUGUUUGAAGAAGAUUUUCAGUGGGAUCCAUUCAUUUACCAUAUGACAUUACAAGAUAAAAUUACAACUCUCAAAGGUGGGGGUCCAGUAAUCUCAAGUAAAUUCAAAUACGAUAUACCUUUUUAUUCAAUUAAAUGUAAUUUACAAAAUGGAUACAAUACCGCAGGUUAUUUCCUAUUAGAGCAAAGAGAAAAUGGUGAUAUAUUUAUGUUUAUUUUUAAUAAUUUAAAAUUCAAAAGUGAUGAAUGUCAGUUUACCACCUACUUUUAUAUUAAUCCAGAUAACUGGAGAGAUAAAUUAAAUCCAGCAGAUUUAGAAUCUUUAAAAUCAAAUCAAGUUCCACAACGUUCAUUGGAUAUUUUAAUGUUAAUUAAAUCAUCAUUCAGUUCAUCAUCACCAACCAAAGAUAGCUAUGAAGAUCCAACUAUUUUAAAAAUCAUAUAUUUAUUUACAGAUAUAAUUGACAAUAUUUAUUCAAAAUUUUCAAAAGAAACUCAAGUUUUGGACUCAAUUAAAUUUUUAACAAUUAGUGAAUCAAUUGAAAAAGAUAUUUUUAAUAAACAAUUGCCAAAAAUUAAUGAUGAUCAAAUUAUAAUAGAUAAUAAUAAUAAUAAUAAUAAUUUAAAUAAUAAUUUAAAUAAUAGUUCAAUUUCAAUUGGUAGUUCUGACGAUUUAGUUGAAUUUGUAUCAAGAUCAAGAUCAUCAUCCUCAUCAACAGUAACGACAAUAUCAAAACCAAAUUCACCAAUUUCAUCAUAUCCAUCAUCACCAUUAGAUUAUUCAUUAUCAUCACCAUCAUCACCACCACAGGACGAACAAAUUGAAAAUUAUAAUUUUAAAAAUAAAAGAGUUCAAAAUCAAGAUAUUAUUAAUGAUUUAGAAAAUAAUUUAAAAUCAAAAAAGAAAAGAAAUAGUGUAACAUUAGAAACUCAAAAACAACAAGAAGAAGAAAAAAAAGAAGAAAAUUUUAAACAGUUUAAACAAUUUAAAAAUUUUUUACCAAUACCAAAAUCAAGUCCAAAAAAUUUAUUAUUUUCACCAUUAAUUUCAUCAAGUUAUAUAAAUAAUUCAAUUUUAUUACCACCAUUUAUACCAUCAAUUAAUAGUGACAGUAGUAAGUUUUUUUAUAAUAAUUAUAAGAAACAAACCGAAGGUGAUCAUAUGGAAAAUACAAAUUUAUUUUGUUUACCACACGAAAUUAUUAUUACAGUUUUAUCACAUUUAGAUCAUAGAGCAUUAUGUAAAGUAUCAAGAACAUGUAAAUAUAUGAAAACAAUGGCGGAAAGUGAUAUUUUAUGGUACCGUCUUUAUGUAAAUAUUUUUGGUGAACCUUCUAAUACAAAUAUAAAUAAUAAUAAGAAUUGUAAUUUAAAGAAUCUUUGGGAUAGUUAUGUUAAAACAGAAUUUCAAUUUUAUUCACCAACAGAUAUAAAUUUUGAUAAUCCAUCACUUACUUUUUUCCUCAGUAAAGAAACAAAUUAUGAAACAAUUGUACAACAAUGGAAAAAAAAUUUCUUUUUAAAAAUUAGAAUGGAAGUUUUAUGGCAAAUUAGUAAAAUUUAUAAUACACAACCACUUAAUAAUGGUCCAAAUAUUAAUAUUAAUAAUAAUAAUAGUUUAAAUAAUAAUAAUUUAAAUAAUAAUAAUAAUAAUAAUAAUAAUAAUAGACAAAAAUUAAAUUCAACAAAUAAAAGUAGAAUUUCAUUAAUGUCAAUUGCAUCAUAUCGUAUUUCACCAAGUCAAUUUGCUUUAAUACCAAAUGCAAGUGAAGGUACUAUUACAUCAACAUUUUUAGACGGUGAUAGAUGUUAUUCAGGUUAUAGUACAGGUGAAACUUAUAUGAUAGAUUUUAGUAAUAUAAAAACAAGUAAGCCAUUAAAAAUUAACUAUAUACCCCAAGAAUCAGCAAAAUCAAUUCAUUUAUGGAAACAACUUGGAACUUCAUUGGUUUAUUCAGGUUUAUCAAAUAAUAAAUUAAUUCGUUAUAAUUUAAGAGAAAUGUCAACUACUAGGGAAAUAUCAAUUGUAAAUCCUAAAAUACCAAAUGAUCGUUGGAAAAUAUCAGGCAUGUCAUCAAAUUAUGAAGGGUCUCAUGUAGUUGUUCAUUAUGAUUCAAACGAAGAACAAUCAGAAUUUGAAGAUUACGAUACAGUUAUGGAUUUAUUUGAUGCAAAUACUGGUGCUCAUUGUUUAUCAAUUACUCAAGAUGAUCAAAUUACCGCUACUCAUAGUCAUACAAAUAGAGUUGCAGUUGGCUGUUCAAAUGGUCCUGUAAAUUUAUACGAUAUAAAUACUGGUAAAAAAGUAAUUUCAUUCCUUGGUCACACCGAUGAAAUUUAUUCUGUAAGAGUUCUUUCAAAAGAAGAUAUCGUUAUAGCAUCAAGUAAAGAUGGUACUGUUAGAUUUUUCGAUGAAAGAACAGGCCCAUUUUAUAUCAAAAGAAUUGUUGACAAUGUUAAAUCAUUCGAUGUAGAACCUAAAAAGAUUUUAUGUGGUGGUGGUUCAAGAAUUUCCUAUUGGGAUCCUCGUAAUUUAAAUGUAUGUUGUGGUGAACUUUGGAGUAGACCUGAUUCAGAAAUUAAAAAAGUUCAAUUAUCUCAAUUUAAUGUUACAGCUUUAUUUGAACAUGGUAGUACAAAUAUUUGGAAAUUUAAUGUUUAA